GUGACAAUUAUUUGUCUAUUAUUUUUUAUAAUUUUAAUACACGCGCGGACGGCGGUGUAAAAGAUCGAAAGAUUAAUAUUGUUGACUUUUGUUUUUGGAAGACCCGUCACGCUUUAUCAGCUUUUGAAUCAAAGGUACUGGCACCCGCUUUUAUUUAAUGUGUGUAUUUCUGUCCACAAUGGUUGAACUGGUCAUGAUUCGUUCUGCUGUUAAUUAAUGUUCCAAAGGUCACAGGUUUUUUUGAGGAGUGAUGCAGACGAUUCUUGCAGCUCGUGCUCAACUGGUGGUCGGUAAAAUUAGGGCAAACUUCACUUCUUGCUGCAAAGCGAACACGGCAUCACCUGGUUUAGCUAAUUGCCGCAAAGUCAACAACAGAUUGCAGAAGAACAACGUGAGAAGCAUGGCGAGCAUUGACAACCUGGAUGAGACUCAGGUCAAGCUUCUAGCAGAAGAAUGCAUCGUAGUAGAUGAAGAGGACAAGGCCAUUGGAUCUGCCUCUAAGAAGGCGUGUCAUCUAAAUGAGAAUAUUGAUAAAGGUCUACUACACAGAGCUUUCAGUGUCUUUCUGUUCAACAAAGAGGGGAAGUUACUUCUCCAGCAACGGUCUGAUGCUAAAAUAACAUUCCCAGGUUUUUGGGCCAACACCUGCUGUAGUCACCCUCUCAACUUUAAAGAAGAGCUUGAAGAAUCGGAGCACCUUGGAGUAAGGCGUGCUGCCCAGCGGAAACUCAAACACGAGUUGGGCAUUGAACCAGAACAGGUGCCAUUGGAUGAUUUCCAUUACCUUUCCCGGAUUCACUACAAAGCCCAGUCCGAUGGUAUUUGGGGAGAGCAUGAGAUCGACUACAUCCUCUUCAUGCAGAAGGAUGUAGACAUUAAACCAGAGCCUAAUGAGGUGCAGAAUGUGAAAUAUAUCGAUGCAGGGGAACUGGACGAGUUUCUGAACUCCGAGGCCGCAGGAACGAAGAUCACCCCCUGGUUCAAACUCAUCGCACAGACUAAACUCCCCGAUUGGUGGAAACAUUUAGGUGACGUCAAAAGCCAAGAGGACCAUGGGACAAUUCACAGGAUGUGAAGUGGCAUGAUGGGAUAGCUUAAUGUUGGACGAAUCAAGAGGACGGGGCAAGAAUGGAAUUUUACAGACUUUCCUAACAAAAAAUUGUUUUUAUUGUUUAAUGCCUGCUAUCAGAUGCAAGUAAAAUAGCAGGAACAAUCAAGUUCAAGUUAUAAACCACAAGGGAAGCCGACUGGGUAACUUUUAAAUAGUUUGGGUUUGAAAAAAGAAAAAUUUACUGGAGUCGGACUUGAACAAUCUCCGAAUUAACGUUCCGGCGCUCUACCAACUGAGCUAUCAAGCCCUACAUGUAUGUUGAUAGCCUUCCUAUACAGUCAAUAUCUUUGUUUGGGGUGCCAGUCAAAAGUCAAAUGGAACAAACCAUUAGCUGCCCUGUAGCCAGGGAUCACACCCAAGUUUAUGAUACAGCCUGGUAAGCGGCAGUUGUAACGAGGGAGGUGAAAUAAAACACAGAAAAUGCCGAGCUGAUUUGUCGUCUGUCUCUGCAGUAAUGAUGACAUUUGGCAUCACCUGCGCAUGCGUCGGCCUUGAGAACGGUAGUCCCUCAAUUUCUAUGACAGUACUUGGGAUGAAUAUGCGUUGUGCUGAAAAAUACAACAUUUGGCGGAAAACUACAUACUGUCGCAGAACCAUCUGUCGUCGAAAACACACUCUUUAGUAUCAAUAAAAUGCGAAACGCCCGUAUCGCAUUAAUGGAUUAAUUAAUGGAAAAGCUGAAAUUUACGAUACAGCUGAAAUCGCAGCUGAAAUGGCAGCUGUGUGUUCUGUUGCAUUCACUCUCUGGACAUUCAUUUUAACAAAAAUCAUAUUCGUGGUUGUAUGAAGGACACCUUUCAAAUAUAGCCUUUCCAAAGGCUAUAUAUUGGUUGAGCGUAAAAAAAAAA